AUGGCGGACAAACCAAGCAGAGCACUUGUUUUGUACGGUGAUGGGUUGGCCCGAUUCGUCGACCCGUCGAACAGCCACAUCCAUUCUCUCGCUUCCGUAGCUAGCUGUGGCUUCCUGAGCCUUCCUCAUGCACCUCCAGAAACUGAGAACGAAAGGGUAGUUCGAGAAUUCGCCCACUUGCUUGAUGCAUCCGAAGCUUAUAAACUAGCUAGUGGACUAAAAGCUAAGGCAGGUGAAAAUGAAAUCUCAACUUUGGCUGAAAGGUUUAUGGGACUCAAGGCUGCUUUAGUAACAGACAGUUCUGCUCUGACUUCUUUUGGAAAACUGAUUGGCUUAGAUGUGUUACGACUCUGCGAAUUAUGCCAAAAGAGUGAUACAGUUCCUUCUGAUGCCACAGCAUCUGAGUUACUAAGGCUGCUUGGAUUUGAGGGAGGAAAGUGCUUGGAUGUGAGCCUAUACGACUCUGUUUUUGUGCAUAUAGGGGUUGAUGAACACAAAGGCGUGCGUAAUAUCGACUCUUUGGUUGGUAGUAUUAUUAGAAUGGCUCAACCAGGUUCAGAAAUUGUAUCUCGCUUGCAUCUCUCUCUUGUUCUUAGCUAUGGUUCUGUCACCGACAAAGAUGUUUCAGUCUUUCCUGUCAAGACUCCACAAGAAGAAGGCAUUAACCCGGCAUUUGCAGGACUUGUCCCCCGUCAGAGCUACACCAUGCGAGGUGAAAAGACUCGGGAUGAUGUUCGAGACUACUGUCCUAUGUUGGUAGCUCAGUGGCAGCACGCGGUGACCCGGAAAGACUUAGUUGAUACAUUAUCAUUUGAAGCUCUCCAAAAGCUGUGUGGAAAUCUUGUUAUACCAGCUGACCGGUUCAUACACGAAGUUGCAUUCAAACUUUGGAAGGCCCCAAAAUAUGGAGCUUAA